UUCCACGGAAAUUUGUGCUCCCGCGGUUCACCAUUCUUUCUCCUGUUUAUCUUUGCUUGCUUUCUUUUGCCGGCUGUUCUUAUACCUCUUUUUGGGUAUGGAACCCGAAUUUGGCAUCGAUCCAAACCGCUGAAUAAAGGAUAAAAUCGAAUCGGAUUUUUGGGAAUUUUGAUGAUUGAGACGGAAAUUUCAUUUGGGUCGUCGUUUUUUUCGUUGAAAAAUGAGAUAAUGGGAUUUUUAAGCAUCAUGGGCAACUCCUUUGGAUGCUCGGCGUCAGGGGAGCGCCUGGUGUCUGCUGCGAGAGACGGGGAUCUUCAAGAAGCCAAGGCUCUCUUGGAAUAUAAUCCUCGUCUUGCGAGGUACUCAACUUUCGGUGUUCGUAAUUCUCCUCUCCAUUAUUCUGCAGCACAGGGCCACCACGAGAUUGUUUCUCUAUUGCUUGAGGCUGGCGUUGAUAUUAAUCUUAGGAAUUAUCGCGGGCAGACCGCUUUGAUGCAAGCCUGUCAAUAUGGACACUGGGAGGUUGUUCAGACUCUUAUCCUUUUCAGAGCCAAUAUUCACAAAGCAGAUUACCUUAAUGGCGGUACAGCUCUCCAUUUUGCAGCCAUAAAUGGCCAUUCUCGCUGUGUCCGCCUCCUCCUUGCUGAUUAUGUACCCAGUAUACCAGACUUUUGGAAAAUCACAAGGAAAAGAUCAACCCAAGAUGGUCCUAUAACUGACUUUGACGAGGGCAGCAGUCUCUCUACGAUAAUUAAUAAAACAGCAGAUGGUGGGAUAACUGCACUCCAUAUGGCAGCACUAAAUGGGCAUGUUGAGAGUGUCCAGUUGCUCUUGGACUUGGGGGCUAGUGUUACUAAUGUCACUGUGGAAGAUGGGGCAACAAUCGACCUUAUUGGUGCGGGAAGCACACCCCUUCAUUAUGCCGCAUGUAGUGGAAAUGCUCAGUGCUGUCAAAUUCUUAUUGCUAAGGGUGCCAGCCUUGAUGCUGAAAAUGCAAACGGCUGGAGUCCCUUGAUGGUUGCCCGUUCAUGGCGUAGGCAUGGCCUUGAGGGGAUUCUUAGUAAACGGCCAGAAGGUCGGCCACAUCUUCUUCCUUCACCAUUUCUCUCCCUUCCUCUUAUGAGCAUCGUGAAAAUUGCUAGAGAAUGCGGAUGGAGGAAUCCCGAUCUGCUACCUGCUUCCCUGGAUCCUUGUGCUGUUUGUUUGGAAAGGAAAUGCACUGUUGCUGCAGAAGGUUGCGGUCACGAAUUCUGCACCAGAUGUGCAGUCUACCUAUGCUCCACCAACAGCACAUCAUCAACCGCUACACCUGGCCCGCCGGGCUCGAUCCCUUGCCCUCUCUGUCGGCACGGGAUAGUGUCCUUUGUCAAGCUCCCCGGCACAAGUCCAAUUAAGGAAAUGCCGAGGAUGAGCUUGUCGUUGUCGCUAUGCACAGCUUGUUCAAGUGGUCCAGGGCCCACUCCAAUAUCGGCCCCAUUCUGCAAGCCUGAGUUGCACUGUGCCCGAAUCUCGCCCCUCGCAUCGUCUUCUUUCCGCUCCAUCACCUGCCAGGGGGGGUUCCCCUCAGUGAAAAUCAAUUCAAGCCUUUGUAUGGGAGCACCUGAUAGUAGCCCAUCUUCAGUUCCUUGCACCGACGACGACGGGAGGGAGCAUAACCAGAUCAGUAGGUGUUCAAGAUCCCGUUUGCAGCGUUCAGCUUCUCAGACUGAGAGCAGAAGAUCAUGGUCCUCAAAUCAAUACGUAGCUAGCGCCGACAGCUGAAAGCUUCUCUCAGGUUAUUACCAUUUCUUUUGUGAGAUUGAUUUUCACUCAUCAUUUUAGAGAGGUUCAUCUCUAUAGUGGCUGCAUGUACUGAACUGUUGCUUCCGUGGGGCAUCCGAGCCGUUCAUCAGGUGGGGUCAACCAUUUAGUUGAUCUGGUGCGUCAAUCAGGAUAUUCCACUGAUCAAGUGGUCCACAUGUGUGUAUUGAAUGGUUUGUUUUGAACUGUCCAUUGUAUAGUUAUACAUGUGGCCAACCGGGAUGAGUUGAUCAGCCGGGUUUUCUCUGCCGGUGGGGUCCACCUGAUAUGUGGCUCUGAUGUUGCAUGCAGACCGUGUGUAGACAGACCUGUGCAGGCAUGUGUAGUGUAGGGGUCUUAGGAAGAUGCUUGUUUAAUAUUUGAUUAUGUUGUUGAUAUAUGGUGCAUUAUUGCAUGUCUGUAAAUACAAUAAUAUCUGUCAUCAUACAUAAAGAGAGAUUCCACUGGC